AUGGCUCCUACAACCGGCGAAGAAGACCUCUCCAUUCUCCUUGCGACAAUGCAACCAAUGCUAGAUCCAACGAUCUAUGUCUUUCUCACAACCAAAGAUCCUCUAAGUUCACUCCCUUUGGCCACCCUUCAACCACAACUGGUCGUUCAAGAAGAGGAGGGCACUACGCUCGUCACAACUGAGAGCCUAGCUGCCUCGCACGGCUUCAAGGAACCAGUCUUUCCAUGCAAAAAGAUAUCUCUCAAGAUACACUCCAGCCUAGAGGCAGUUGGUCUCAUUGCUGCUAUUUCAAACCGGCUCAAGGAUGACGGAAUAAGCACAAACGUGGUCAGUGGAUACUUCCAUGAUCAUAUCUACGUUCCAAAGGAUCGAGCAGAGGAUGCGAUGCAGGCUCUGGCGGAUCUGGUGGAGAAGGCCAAGAAAUAG